AACAUAACCUACAUUUUUUUAAAUUGUCACGUGAAGCUUGAGGUUAUAAGAAAAGUUUUGUUGUGCUGAUUAUUAAAUAAACUUAGGAUUAAAUAUUUAUGAUGGAUCUGGAUUUGAAUGAACCACCACAAGGUGAUCUAAGACUUGAUGGAAGAAGACCUACGGAACUUCGCAAAAUUAACUUGAGAUUGGGAGUUUUUGGACAGGCCGAUGGAAGUGCUUACGUUGAACAAGGAAAAACAAAAGUUUUAGCUGCAAUUUACGGCCCUCAUCAGCCGCGCGGCAGUGCAGCGAGAAGUACAACAAAAACAACGAAAGGAAUAAUUAAUUGCCAAUAUAGUACAGCAGUAUUCAGUUUCGGGGCUGGUGAACGAAAAAAACGACCAAGAGGGGAUCGAAAGUCUCAGGAAAGAGCUCUUCAGCUUCGGCAUGCUAUGGAAGCAAUUAUUCAGUUAGACCUCAUCGCUCGUUCUCAGAUCGACAUUUUCGUGGAAAUAUUACAAGUAGACGGCAGCGAAUUUUGCGUUGCCGUAAAUGCUGCCACUCUAGCUUUAAUUGACGCCGGGAUUCCAAUCAAGUUGAACAUUAGAAAAAUUAAGUGGGACAAUGGUCGUGGUGGCUUAAGCGUAGGCUUUGGAUCCACUCCGUUGGCUUGCGGGUUCGAUUCCCGCCUCGCACUCUGGAAGAGCUUCGGACCAGUACUUCUAGAGAAAAAGGUUCUCUAA